AGUAAGCUCGCGACUGCGGGCGAGACGCACGCCCGCCGAUACACAGAGCCGGUUGCUAUGCCCGCGAACAGGUCCGCGGUAUGGCCAGCGGCCUAACCGCGACAUGUUGAAGCAUGCUCAGCGGCCGCCGGCGGCGAACGAUGCCGACCAACGCUAUCAGAACAUGCCUCGGCGGCCGCACCAUCAUUUACCCCUCAACGUGUCCACCUUGGAUUCCUCCAAGCAUUCCGUCGGAGGCACCUCGGCGAGCGUCAGCCCGGGCGGGCAUCCGAAUCCUAGCGUGCCCGUCCUAUCUCCCGUUCCUGUCGCGUCUCCACCAAAGAUAGCCAAUGGAAACGUGAAUGGAGCAAGGACUUCGACGAACGGGAAAUCGAGGAGCAUCAGAGCGGCGACCGAGGAAGCGCUCACUUCCUUGGCACUCCUCUGCCUCGUCAGUCUCCUGUUAGCUUUACUGGCGCUGCUGUUCCUUCUGAAGAUAUCCGCGCCGGCCACGAGUGCUCCCGAAGAGUUCGCGGUUGUGUACGAAGUGACGUUAGCUCUGUGUGCGUUGACGCUCUCUCUGAACCUGUGCUGUCUUCUCGUGUGUGCUAUUCAGUUCCUGUUCGCAGUGAAGCUGGUGCACUCCCCAUCGGCCCCCAACGGACGGUCAAACAAAUAUCUGCAGAAAUCGGCGAUAACGAGAGUAUGCGCUGUAGGAGGAUUCUUUAUAUCAAUACCUGUGUUUUUAACAGGGAUAAUCCUAUACACAUUCAUCCAGUUCCACUCCACGCCUGCAAUAGUGACGUCGGUGUUCAUCGGAGUCGGCAUCAUUUUCUGCGGCUGCGCGAUGGUACACAACGUCUUCGUGUGGCAGAAGGAGAAGACUAACCUAGUCAAGGCGUUUCGUACAGACAUGAACACGUCUCAGAAUCAGACGUCCAACGGGAUCGUGAUGAAUGGCCACCUGAACAAUAGCGGCGCUGGCAACUUGAGCUUCCACAGGCAAGCGCCUUAUUCGCAUCCCAUCACGCUGCUGCAGCAGGGACCCUAUAUUAUUAGACCACCGACGAGCACGCCUCCAGGAGAAGGUGCAGUGACGCCCGGCGUGCCGGCCGCCACCAUCGACCUCAGUCACGAUGCACACGAACUCAGCACGCUUGUCUGAAGCCUUCUGGAUAUAGGCCUAAGCUUCCGAGUUCCGACUAACGUACGACAAAGGAACAGCGUCCAUAUAGUUGGGCUUUAAAACGUUGAUGUUUUUACUUAAGCCAAGACACACACGAACUUAGAACUCUCGUCUGAAGCCUUCUGGACAUAGGCAAUACAUGUACCGACGAAGGAGUGGGCUUUGAAACGUUGCUUUCUUCCUUCACACGACACACACGAAUUUAGCACUAUCAUCUGAGCCUUAUGAGACGUAGGCUGAAGCUAGCAUCAGUAUCAUCUACCGACGACGGCGACGUACGAGGAAGGUAAAGAGUCAAGCGUUCGAUCUAUGCCCCGACACGACAGAAACGAACUAGUGGAGACUCAACUAGACUGAGAACUUCUGGACUCAGCACUUGAGCUUAACUACCGACGACGUACGAUGAAGGCACAAUGUCUGACGUCGUGCGAACUUUGCCCCGACACGACAGAAACGAACUAGUGGAGACUCAACUAGACUGAGAACUUCUGGACUCAGCACUUGAGCUUAACUACCGACGACGUACGAUGAAGGCACAGCGUCUGACGUCGUGCGAUCUUUGCCCCGACACGACAGAAACGAACUAGUGGAGACUCAACUAGACUGAGAACUUCUGGACUCAGCACUUGAGCUUAACUACCGACGACGUACGAUGAAGGCACAGCGUCUGACGUCGUGCGAUCUUUGCCCCGACACGACAGAAAUGAAUAGUGGAUUCUCAAUUAGACUGAACACUUCUGGACUCAGCAAUUGAGCUUAACUACCGACGACGUACGACGAAGGCAGAGCGUGAGGACCUCAUGCGAUCUAUGCCCUGAUACGAAUACUAGUAGAGACUCAACUAUAGACGGAGAAAUUUCUGGACUCGGCACUAGAGCUUAACUACCGAUGACGACGUACCAAGGCACAACGUGAAGACCUCGAAACGAACAAUGGAGACUCAAGUGUACUGACAACAUGAGGUGGCAAUACGCAGCGACACCAUUGUCCAGGACGUUAUGAAUGUUAUGAUCAACCUCUACGAUAUCUACGAUAUAGGAGAAGAAGUAACCAAACCAUCUUUGACAGUAACAUCGGGCAGUGUCCGAGAUCAAAGCAAGGUGUUUGUUUACACUAUGUCCUUGUUCACUGACUUCCUUCAAUGGCAAACUGUAAACUGGGUAAAAACUGUAAAAAGACUCGAACUGUCCUACUGUUAGUUUAGUUCAGACAGUCAGCAUCAACAGUUACAAAUAGUCUAACGGUACCUAAUCAAGUAUCAGAUCUGAACACGCUUAAGUUGCCACAAUCUCAUCCUGACUAUACACUUGAUGUUAAAAUAUGUGUAUACUUUUCACCUUAUUAUAAUGAAAUAAGUUGCAAAAGUGUAAACAUUAUUUACGAGAAUGUGCAAUGAAAAUUUUGUUACUUACUAUAUUCAAUUAGAUUAGAGUCAAGGCCGUGCGAAGUUUUUACGCAAUAACAAAGAUUAAGACAAGUUAUGCGCAAAAAAUACGCACAAAUAAAUACACGAAUAGCCGGGUCUACACAGAGUGAGCAUACGCGCGAGGCAAUUUCUUCGCGCACAAAACGGACAGUGUAGACGUGCCUCGGCCGAGGCAAAAAAUUGCCUCGCUCGUAUGAUCGCUCUGUGUGGACUCGGCUAUUCGCGUAUACUUAAUACCUUCCAUAACCGACUAAAAUUGAAAUGUAGAAAUCCUAUAUGUAUAGAAAGGAGCCUCUUAGACAACUACGAGUACCUAUAUCGACUUAACACAUUCACUGACAACGGUUUCGUAGCGCUUCGCUCGUAGCCGAUCCGAGCAUUUUUCCGCUUUGUAAAGGAAAGCGACUACGUUCCCGGCACUCAAUGUGUUAAGCACCUUGACCAGAGUUCCAUUCUGGAAAAGUAAACAUAAUAAUUUGUAUAUUUAUGGUAGUUGUAAAUAUUUCAUCACAAUAUUAUGUGAUUUGCCAUGUUUUGAGCUUUCAACUAUUGUUUGCUUUGAAUGACUGAGAUGAGAAUUGAAUUUUUGUGUGUUAGGAUUGAGAUUAUUAAUAAUAUAUUAAAUUAAUGUUAAGAUA